AAAAUUUCAAACCCGAAUCCCACUGGCCACCCACCACUGCCGUCCCCUGAAUCCCCGACCCCGAUGGAGACAUCGCCGCCGCAGAACCCUAGCUCCGGCGACCCCUCCGAUGCCUCCAGCCUCGCCGCCGCCGCGCUCGACGUGCCCGCGCGCGCAUGGAGAUCCCUCGUCUCGCGCCUCCCUCCCCUCCUGGCGGCCGUCUCCGACCUCCAGCGCCGCUACUUCGGCGUCCCCCGCCGCCGCCGGCGCAGACGCGCAGCUCUGCCGCUCCCGCUCCGCCCUGCGGCCGCGCACUCCGCUCGGAUUGCUGGAGAGAUGCCCAAAGCCUUUGUCAUCUUAGAUGAUGUUGUGCAACACACCCUGACCAAUUUGCACAGUAUUCACAAAAGCUUACUAUUUUGGCAGGCCAAGGCUGAGGGAACAAAUUCUCAGAAAGUGUACUUUAUGAUCUUUGAGAGAGGUCCAAGGGCCUUUGUUGACGCAACAUAUCAAACACUCACUAGACUUGGGAGCAAUGGACGUCCAGUCCAAUACAUUUUGCACUCUGCAUCUGAUAUGGUGUCAACGAAACUUGCUGCCCUGGCAAGUAUGCAACACUGCUUGGCUACUUUUCUUGCAGAGAUUCAUUCUGAAGUUGAUAGAUGCAGAGAAGGGUUAACUGCAAACUCAGAUAAAUCUCUACAUACAUUAUUCAUUGUUUUAAAUACCACAUUCUCCAAGCUGGAAGUAUCACUUAGAAAUGCUGGCGAGGGGCAAGAUGAACUAUGCACACAUGAUGGAAACUCAUAUGAACUGUUUGGGAAAUUACCAGAAGUUGAUUUAGAGAGUCAAGAAUGGACGGAGUCCUUAUUAACAGAUGGUAUAAGUUUAAUCUAUCAAAACCUUCAGAAGUUAGAUAGUUUUCUGUCCUCUCAGCUCUCAAGCCAUAAAAAACCAAACAGAUUGACCAUAUACUGGUUACCCUACACAUGUGGCGCAUUGGGUCUCUCUGUAUGUUCUCUAUGGCUUUUACGCCAUAGCAGCUUGAUGGGAAGUCCUGAUAUCGAUAAUUGGAUUCAAGAUGCUAAGGAGUCUGUGGCUGGAUUUUGGGAUGAGCAUGUUGAGAAACCAAUCAUUUCCAUUAGAGAUGAGCUUUUCGAGACAUUCAAGCAAAGAGAUAAAGGUGUAAUGGAAAAUCAAGAGGUCCAACUAACUGAAGAUUCAUUGCGCAGGAUGCUAGUAGCCUUCUGUGAGCAAACAGAAGGUCGAAAGUUGCCGGAAGAUUUACCUGUGCAGGCAAUGUUGGAGACUCUCACGAAGAGAUAUGAAAAGGAAUUGAUCCACCCGAUUCAAAAUCUGUUCAGUGGAGAAUUAGCCCGUGCCAUGCUUAUUCAGAUUCAAAAGCUUAAGCUGGAUCUUGAAUCGGGACUACUGGAAAUGGAUCAGAUUCUUAGGGCAAAUGCUAUAAACUUUGCUGUUCUUGCAGCUCUUCCUGCUUUUGGUCUUUCGCUUCUGCUGCUUAUGUUACUGCGAACAUGGAUUCAGCGCGAUCAUGGUGCAGAGGGCAGAGGUAAUAUUGCACGAUGUCAACGGAGGCUGCUUCUUGUCGAUGUAGAGAGAAGGCUUAUGGAGUUUCAGCAUUACAGGGAUAACGGAAUGGAGGAAGAGGCACGGUACAAGUUUGGAUUAGUACUUUACACCCUUGAUAGGCUAUGCAAAGCUGUUGAGUCACACGCAAAAGAAACAGGCGAAUGGUUAAGCUUGAGAGAAGACAUUUUUGAUCUGGCAAAGCUCGACAUGGGAAUGGCAGACAAGAUGGUCGUUGUGUCACGACUGAAGUGGAUGUAUAACUGCUUGCUUCCAUUCUCAUCUAGCCGUUUGCCGCGUCUCUAGUUUUCUUGUGUGACGAACUGGACGUCAUGUUUUUGUUUUGGUCACUCCGUGCGCAAGUUCUACAGUAAUCUAAUCUACUCCGAGAUUUAGUACGGCAGUUUUGGAUAUUUUGACACGGGAUACCUGAGAGCUUUGUUGGGCCGUGUACUCUGACGGAAGAAUGGUUCUUUCUGAUGUUUUGUAAAUUUCAUCAGGAUGGAUAAGGUACAUCGAGGGGGCGAAAAUGGAAAGAGGCCCCCAGUUUCUGAAAAAUUCUUGACUUGUUUGCCUUGUUAAAUCGGACGGUCUGUAUGCCCGACAAACAGUUUGCAUCGCUGGGUUACUGCUCAUGUGCAAGCAAUGCCUUGUUCGUGCAAGA